UGACGCCAAACGGCAGGGAUAGGCGAGAGUUCCAGAGGACUCAGCGUAGUGCUGCUGCAGUUUAGUGAUUGUCUUCACUGAUACAAGUACUUUUUUUAACUGGUGGAACAUCAGAAAUGGCCCGUGGGCACCAAAAGUUCCAGUCCCAGCAGAAAAACGCCAAAAAGCAGGCAGAGAUCAAGAAGAGUAAAGGCCAUGACCAGAAGGCUGCAGCUAAGGCUGCUUUAGUAUACACAUGCACCGUGUGUCGGACACAAAUGCCCGACCCGAAGACCUUUAAGCAGCACUUUGAAAGCAAACAUCCAAAGUCUCCAAUGCCCCCAGAGUUGGUUGGUGUGGAGGCGUAAUGGAUUAACCUCUUUCUGUAAGGCAGUUGGAACCAACUCAGGACAGGCUUCUACAUUUUGAGGUGUUUCAGAUAAUCUUCAGUUAUUGCUCAUGAUGAUUAACUGAUGUAUGGGUGUGCUUAUGUAGGGAUUUUACACAAUCAAUUGGACUGAAGACAGCUACCCUCUCUUGGCAUAAAUGUAUGUGUUCCACUUUUGAUUGUAUGCAAUAUUUGCAAAAUCUGAUCAUUUCAAAAUGUUAUGCUCACAAGAGUAGCUUGUUCAUGGGCUCCACCACUAUCUCAGGUCUCCCACUGUUUCACAGCAAGCUUUGAAUACAAGAUGAAUUGGCACUGGCUCAAAUGAACAAAGAUGUUGAUGAUAAUUGGAAGUUAUCUGCCAAAUCCAGUGUAAUGUGAAAUCCAUUAUGGGUUUUGACUGGGAUGGAUUUGUGAUGCAGAAGGGUUGAUGUCAAAAUAAUAGUUAUCCAGAAUGUGACUAGAGUUCAUUAAUGUGCUUGGAAAGUCACAUUCAUAACCACUAAUGCUGUGUUCUUUCUAUUAGAUUCAGAUUUACUUCUAAUCUGCACUGAUUAUAUAUAUCUAUAUAUAUAAACACAUAUAUUUUUUGGCUUGCUUCCAUUAUUUUUUUAAUGAUGAGUCUAUUGUUGUUGAAGUGAAAAAUGUGUCAAAUGCACUGUGCUGCACAGUUGCUGAAAUUGUGCAUUGCAUUUACCCCUCAGAUUAUCAUGAAACUAAUUUUGUUUGUGUCAAAAAAUAUGUUUUUGUCAUGUGCAAAAUUUGUAAAAGCUCUGCAGACAGGGCACUACACGUCUGAUCACUGCAAAGCUUUCCAUGUUCCUACUCUGCUGCUGCAGUAAACAUCUGGAUAUUUACCUUUGAUCCUAUUAUAAGAGGUAUGUCGACUGAAAAUAGGUUUGCACUGGGUGUUGUAAAUGACAACACUAAUGAACUCCUGUCCCCAGAGUUGGUCAUUGUAGUAAUACAUGUGACAUAAUUGUGCACAGCUAUUGUAUGUAUUCUGCAGUGUAACUUGUCUCACUGUCAUCUCUAUGGUGUAUGUGAAAACAAUCCCAAUUGCAGUCUUGCGCUCUUUGGUGUUCUUUUGCAGUAUUUCAGCUCUGAACCUGCAAAGUCUAAACUAAAUUACAGCAUACAUUAUCUUACUUUACCUUAUUUUAUAUAAGUUGAUCAUAGCAGGCAAAGACCGUUUUAAUUCAUUGGAAGGAACUAUUUUCAAUACAUUUGGACCUGUUGGUCAUUAACCACUGACAUUGUAACACUGUGCUAAAGUCUGGACAGACAACCAGCCAUGUUUUUACUUUUUGUAAUAAUCAUAUCUUUGUCCACAAAAUGUAAUGUAUAGCCUUUGAAUAAAGUUAUUUUUUAUUAAUAUUA